AUUUGGUGUCAUCUCUACGUAAAAGGAAAUUCCGUAUUCCACCCAGUCACCAAUCGUUUUAUCAAUUUUAGAUUUUAGAAGCCUUUGUUGCAUAUUUUUCUUUGUUUUACAUACAUAUUUGUAAAGUUAUUUUUUACUGUGGUUACAACACUAAUCAAAAUUAAAUAGAGAGCCAUGUCUGGCCGUAAAUACAUCACGAACCCAAAUGAUUUGUUCGAGGAUGACGACGUCGACGAUGAUACUUUCGUCAACAGUUUUCGAACGAGGAUACCUCCGCCCCAACCCGCUAGCAAGCCUUAUGGUGGACACAUAGCAGAACUGGAGCGCCAACGACAAACAAUGUUAGAGAGACAACGAGAAAUUGAGCAAAGAACCUUGGACUCAUCAGCGCGGAGCAUAGGUUUGCUCCGUGAUUCAGAAACAAUAGGCAUUGCCACAGCGGAAGAACUAUCGCGUCAGCGUGAACAAUUACAAAACACCAAUAAAAGGCUCGACGAAAUCAACACUAAUCUCAACUACAGCCAAAAACACUUGAAUGGUAUUAAAUCAGUUUUCUAUGGCCUUAAAAAUUAUAUAUCCGGAAAAUCUGAUCAGACGCCACCUAAAAGUCAAGUAUCCCCGAAUACACGUAACGCAGGGGCCAGCAGCAGCAAGCUUGAUGACACAUUAGACAGUAUGAACCAGAUGACGAGUGAAGAACGCUACAGUUCCCAUCCAUCAACUCGGUUACGAGAUCUGAAUCAACAGCAAGUCACUGCACCAGUCACAGACAGCCAACGGGUCAAUGAAAUGCUUGAUGCUAACCUAGAUGAAAUGGUGCAAGCUAUAACAAGGCUUAAAGGCUUAGGUGUGGCUCUUGGAGAUGAAAUAGAACAACAAAAUGAACUCAUAGACACUAUACAAGAUAAAGUUGAAAAUGCUGAUAUCAAGAUUGGUAAACAAAAUAAACAAAUGAACAAGCUACUUGGUAAAUAGUGUAUGUAUAUAUUGGUAUGGCUUAGCCUGAAAGGCUUAGUUGUCUGUUAAACUAAUUUUGUAUAAGUUAUAUAAGUAAAACAAAUAUUAUUACUCAAAUUGGUGGUGUUCCUUCUCAUAACAGGAGUUAAAUUCCUGAUCUCUAAAUAGAAGCACUAAGAAGCAAGUUAUUUCAUGCAUUCCAUUGUGUUUCAACCAAUUGUAAAAUCCACAAAACCUCUAUAGGUAGCACCUAUAAUAAUUUUGGUAGCAUUCUACAAUAUAAUAAACAUCACACAAUGCUGUUAAUAAACCAUGUACAUUUUUUUGAUAAGAUAAGCAUAUUGUUAAUAUAUUUGUAAUAACCAAA